GGUUUGAGUCCUCGAAAAGAGCAGCAAGAUCCAAAACAGUGGACACAAUUACGUACCGAGUGAAUGACAGAGAUUAUAAACAGCCAUCGAUCGAUCGUCCAAAUCCUGUUUGUUCUUCCCGAAAAUCGAAUCAGAAUAGAAUGCCCAAGUAAGCUCCCUAUAAACGUUGUUGGUCGCAUCCGAACGACAUGCAUAAACAAACAUUUACGUACGUAAAUGUCGCUCAGAGAUCAUUCGUAAACGUAUCAUGUACGAUUUCUGAUCUUUAAUAUCUAGCCGCGGGUGUCACAAAAUCAGAUCGAACAUUAUGCAAGAAGAAAGACAGAUCUCGAGCUAGAGAUCAGAGAUCAUGGGAAGAAGGGGACAUAUUCUAGCUCUCCCUUAUCCGGCACCAGACCAUGUGAGCCGUAUGAUGGCAUUAUGUCGUGUAAUAGAAAAUCAUGGUUUCAAAAUCACAUUUGUGAACACAGAAUUCAUUCACAAGCGAGUGGUGAGCGCCCAAUCUCUGAUGGAUUCGAACAUUGAUUUGGUGUCAAUCCCCGAUGGGUUGGAUCCUGAGGAUGAGAGAAAGGACUCUGAUUACCCCAAGUUAUGCGAAGCCAUGCUACUUCACAUGCCUGCAAAACUUGAGCAGCUCGUACGACGUGUUAAUGCAACAAGUUUCGAUGAUGAGGACCAGAUUACUUGUUUCAUUACCGAAUUUGGAAUGUCAUGGGCUCUGGAAGUCGCCUAUAAGAUGGGGAUUAGAGGAGCUACCUACUGGCCUCUGUCAGCCACUUAUUGUACUGCAAUAGGUCUUGCACGAAACCAGGCACUGGAGAAGAUCAUGAGCGUUGUCGAUGAAACCGAAGGAGGAGGCCGAACUCAAUUCUCUGAAGACUUGGAAAGCGUGUUGGGGCUCCCAAACUGCGACCUGGAGACAAUGAAGCGUGCACUUGAAUACGGCAUGCGAAACAUUAGAGCCAUGGAUACGACAGACUGGUGGCUUUGUAAUUCAGCGUAUGAACUAGAGGCAGAUGAGUUUGCCAGGAUUCCAAAACUCCUACCAAUUGGCCCAUUUCCGCCAGAAUGUGGGGACUCAAGGUCACUGUUCUUUCCAGAAGACGACUCUUGCAUAGAUUGGCUCGACCAGCACCCACCCUGCUCGGUCAUAUAUGUUGCUUUUAGUAGCGUCGGAACUUUGGAACCAACCCAAUUCGUAGAGCUAGCUCUUGGACUAGACCUAUCUAACAGGCCUUUCCUUUGGGUGGGGCGUCCGAAAAUCACCGGCUCCGAGCACCGGUCAUGCCUUGUAUACCCAAAUGAAUUCAGAGGCACUCGUGGGAAGAUUGUAACUUGGGCACCUCAACCCAAAGUCUUGAAUCACCCCUCCACUGCCUGUUUUCUAAGCAAUUGUGAUUGGCCUUCCACCACAGAAGGUUUAUGCAGUGCUGUACCUUUCUUGUGCCUGCCAUUCAUCUCUGACCAACCCUUUAACAUGAGCUACAUUUGCGAUGCGUGGAAGGUUGGUGUAAGACUUGACCCUGAUGAGAAUGGUAUCAUUCCGCGCAGCGAGAUUAAGAACAAGGUUGAGCAACUUCUUGGUGAUGAAAGCAUUAGAGCAAGAUCUUCACAACUUAGGACCAAGAUUUUUGAUACUAUUGCAGGAGGUGGUCGUUCCUCAAAGAAUUUCAACAGCUUUAUCAAUUGGCUCAAGUUGCAUAGAUGAACUACUUGCCUGUGCUUAAUUAUAAGUUUUAUGCAUGGAAAGUUUAGAAAUGCUUGCCGAUCGGAAUUAGAAACAAAUAAACCAUGACUAUGGUUAAUUUGUAAUGUUAUCUGACCUCUUAAAAACAUAUAUAAUUUGUUAUUUAAAUAAAGCUUUCCUCCAAUUCGAUCCUAA